UUUUUUUCUUCCCUCAAGCCUAAAUAGAUUGUCCGCACGAUAUAGCUUUCCUCUCUGAAUUUCAACGUUUGAUUCAUUUACCAGCUUUUGAUCCGUUCCCCCCUCUAGUUUACCAUACAUACAAAUCGUACUACUGGACUAGUUUUCUCACGGGACUCAAGCGCUCACUCUCCCUCAACCCCCCUCCCAAAAAUUCAGGAGACCUACAGCAAUGUUUAAACCAAUGCUGUGAACUCUCAUUUUUACCAUUGACUGCGUAUGUCGCUGUCAACUGCCCAGUGGUUGCUAUAGUUAUUGUUACUUGACUCAACGUGAUAUUGUCUUCGUCAUUCAUUUUUUAACUCGAGUUCCCUCGACGGGUUGUCUAUCGCUAGGCAACUCCGCCCCUCCGCCAUGCUUCUCAAACCCGCAACUCCCCUCACGAUCCUGCUCCUGAUCGCAUUUGUUCUCUUGCUUUUAUCCGUUAUCUCUACCCCCAUCGUCAAAGGAAUCCCGUUGGCAACGUUUGAAACUGUCGACUAUGGGGUUUUUGGCUAUUGUAAAGGGGGCCAAUGUACCAAUAUUCAUCUCGGCUACACUAAUGAUGACCUCUCGGACACUGGCGAUGACUUCAACCUCCCUUCUAGCACACGAAGAUCGCUUUCGUCUAUUCUAAUUGUUCAUCCGGUCGCAGCUUUUCUUACCCUAAUCUGUCUUUGUAUGGCUGCCGCAGCUCACUUCCAUGGUCCGUCGCAUUCGCCCCGCUACCUACUCGUCUUAUUGAUCCUGCUCCUUCCGACGCUCCUCGUCUCCCUGCUUGCGUUCCUCGUGGAUAUCUUGUUGUUCGUUCCUCAUUUGGGAUGGGGUGGCUGGAUUGUACUCGGCGCGACCAUCCUCCUCGUCAGCUGUGGUGUGGUCACUUGUGCGAUGCGCCGAACCCUCGUAAGUCGCAAGGCGCGAAAGAAGCGUAUUGCUGAGAACGCCGAGAUGAGUGGUGAAAACUUCUACAACCGCCAGAAUGCCGCCGCGGCAGUCGCAGGACUGAAUGAUCCGAAGCCGCUCAACGGAGAGGCAAAGGAGCCUUUCGUGACUGGAUCACCUCCUGGAUCUGACACCGGCCCCACGUUUGCGACAUUCCGGACGACAACGCACGAGAGUGAUGAUGACCGCAUCCCGCUGAACUCGCGAACACCGCCCAAUGAUUUUCCGUUACCAGACCAUCCGUAUCCCACUCAAAUGCGUGAUAACGGGCCGCCAUACAAUCCCUCCCGGGACGCAUUCGGAAACCCGCUUCCACAAUCUGGUCCCUACGGACCCGGCCCUCGCAUGCGACCUGGUCCGGGUGACCCUCGGCUGCGCAACCAAUACUCGGAUGGCAGUAUGGGCUCGCGGAGGGGACCACCCCCACCGGGUUUCGUCCCGCGUGGACGGGGUGCUUAUCCGGCUCGCGGAGGCUACGGCCGUGGAGGUCCUUAUGGUGGGCCCAGGGGUCCCCCGCCCGGCGGUAGAGGAAGCCCCAUGGGCUCAAUGCGAGGGGGGCGAGGAGGAUACCGAGGACCACCACCAUUCGGCUACGGGCCCAAUCCUGGACCGCGGCCAAUGCCGCCACCAGAGGAGGAGAGGUACGACUAUGAUGUUCCGCCCGACUCAAUGCGUCAGCCAUCUCCUGGACCAAUUGGAAUGGCCGUGUCGCCACCAGAUGGCAGCCCGAUAGGCCAGGCGAUUGAGAUGACGCCGCAGCCUAGGCGAACGGGCUCGGCGGAGCCGGUUCCCCAGGAGGUUUUGCUAGACCAGCAACCACAUGCCCUGUCGGCAGACGGCCAGCCCGAACCUGUCAGCCCUUCGAGCCUUUAUAGCCGGACAGCAUCAUAUAUUCCUCCCCGCGCUGCCUGGGAGCAGGCUGAGCGUCGCCCCGGACAUUCACCCUCACCCGUCCAUGCGUACCAGCCGACGGAGACUACUCGGACCCCGCAUCAUGCACCUGAUGAGUCGGCGGAUUACUUCGAAGAUACCGAUCCUCGGUUUGCUAAUCGUAAUGAGCAUGCCGUGGGCAACCCGCGGCUGCCUUCUGUGUUGACGCCGGGUAGUUCUGGUGAGCCGAAACUGACGGAAGAUUUGGCUGAAGGACCCAGCUCACCCACUACUAGCGAUAUAAGCCAUUUUACGUCAAUCUCAGAGCGGCCUAUCAACCCGCGCUGGCAGCCGCCUCCACUUCCGGCUCAGCAGAGACAAAAUGUCUUGCUGGAGAAUAACCCGGACUUUGAUCUGCGAGCGGGUAUGCGGCGAGGUGGUGCUGCUGGUGGGGUAGGAGGUCGGAUGCCGCCCAUGUCGAUACCCCGAGAAGCCUCACGAUACCCUAUACCCUGAACAUAAUCACUAGCGUCAUAUUAUUUGUACGAGUUUGGACUUUAUUUACGUUGUCAGUACUAUGGUUCUGCAGGUCUACAGCACAGCUGGCACGGGAGUUUUGGCGUUCCUCUGUGAUAGGCUCUUCUGGGCCUUCAGGCCUCUUAGUUUCUUUCUCUUUGCCACAUUUUUCUUUCGAUCUGUUUGACAGCAUUGCACAUCAAACCGCGUGGCAUCGCAAUGUUCACCGUGAUCCGGAGUCUCAGAUACUCAGCGAAGCGCGCAUGGCGGUCUCAUGUACAGAGCUGCGAUAUGGCCCCAUGUGUCGGAAGAUGUUUGUAUCAUACUGUUGUGAUAGGGGAGCCUGGACUCGCUCACGAUCUUUUACCUUCUCGACCUCUCUUUUUCUACUAUCGGACAGGCUCCAUGGAUGAUAAUGCAGUAUAGGAAGUAUUUCAGUCAUAUGAUUCUCUUCGUGCAUGUGAGGAAUACCUAGUGAUUCUCAUUAGUUCGCUUUGAUAGCUUAUGAAUGGGAAUUCCAAUUGUCUAUUCUCAAGGCCUUGUCACAGCAUCCAGUAUGAAUAUAAGGAUUACCGUACAUCCUUUAACCAAUGUCUUUAAUCACCAGAAGUAUAUAUUCACAUAGAUUAAGAAAAAGUAUACCAACAAUGCCG